AUGGCCGCUCUCCGCUCUUCCGCCUCGCGCGUUCUCGGCGCCUCUGUCAACGCCUCCCGCUCAGCCCUUCCUCCUGUCGGCGCCUCCUUCACUCGCUCCAUGGCCACGGUCAGUGAGCCCGAGAAGAAGGCCCCCCGGAUGAAGAACUUCUCAAUCUACCGCUGGAACCCAGAGAACCCCACAGAGAAGCCUCGCAUGCAGACAUAUACCAUCGACCUUAACAAGACGGGGCCCAUGAUUCUCGACGCCAUAAUCCGCAUCAAGAACGAGCUCGACCCUACCCUCACCUUCCGCCGCAGUUGCCGCGAGGGUAUCUGCGGCAGCUGUGCCAUGAACAUCAACGGCCAGAACACGCUUGCCUGCCUGUGCCGCAUCCCCACCGAGUCGAAUGACGAGGUCAAGCUCUACCCGCUGCCUCAUACCUACGUCGUCAAGGACCUGGUCCCUGACCUGACUCAUUUCUACAAGCAGUACAAGUCGAUCAAGCCUUACCUUCAGCGUGAUACUCCCGCCCCUGACGGCAAGGAGUACCGUCAGAGCAAGGAGGACCGCCGGAAGCUCGACGGCCUGUACGAGUGCAUUCUCUGCGCCUGCUGCUCGACAUCGUGUCCCUCAUACUGGUGGAACUCGGAAGAGUACCUGGGGCCCGCCAUUCUUCUCCAGUCGUACCGCUGGCUCGCCGACUCGCGUGACGAGCGUACUGCCGAGCGCAAGACCAACCUUGAAAACUCAAUGAGCCUGUACCGUUGCCACACCAUUCUCAACUGCACCCGCGCCUGCCCCAAGGGUCUCAACCCUGGCAAGGCCGUGGCCGAGAUCAAGAAGCAGAUGGCCCUGGGUAGCUAG